CGGGGGACUACAGAAACCUGGAGGCCGCGGGCUCUACCUGGCAGCCGUGCAGCCACCGCGCAAGGUCAGCACCCUCUGCCGAGCAUGGUGACAGCCUGUGCCCUUGGCCCCCUCAUCUGGCACAGCCCAAAGAGCCACCGGCUUCGGGCACCGAUGGCCCCCUACAUGAGGGAGUAAGUGGCCUGCUGUAGCCCAGCCCUUUGGAUUGAGGGGGGUUGUAGCAACUGAGUGACCAGAGACCACGCUGCGGACCUCCUUGCACCAGUUGACGAAGGAUGGACGGAGCAACGAGUGACCCUUGUAAGGGUUGUGGAAUAAUGACAGGAAGCAACGCGUGAGCAUCCUCUGUGUCACCUGUAAGGUCUUGGUGGAAACAGAGGUCUGAGCACCUCAAGCCGACCCAGGGGACCCUCCUGGCUCCCACUCGGCUGAUGGGGUCCCUAGCAGCCACCUGACAAUCCAGACCUCCUCUGUACACCAUGGCUGGCGCGGAGGGCUUCCAAUACCGGGCACUGUACCCAUUCCGCCGGGAGCGGCCAGAGGACCUGGAGCUGCUGCCGGGCGACGUGCUGGUGGUGAGCAGGGCGGCCCUGCAGGUACUGGGUGUAGCCGAGGGCAGCGAGCGCUGCCCGCAGAACGUGGGCUGGAUGCCUGGCCUCAAUGAGCGCACUCGGCAGCGCGGUGACUUCCCGGGUACCUACGUGGAGUUCCUGGGGCCUGUGGCCCUGGCCCGGCCGGGCCCUCGCCCGCGCGGCCCCCGCCCACUGCCUGCCAGGCCCCGGGAGGGGCCCCCUGAGCCAGGCCUCACUCUCCCUGACCUGCCUGAGCAGUUCUCCCCACCUGAUGUGGCUCCGCCGCUCCUGGUGAAGCUUGUGGAGGCCAUUGAGCGGACAGGGCUAGACAGCGAAUCCCUCUACAGGCCUGAGCUGCCAGCCCCGUGCACAGAUUGGUCCCUGAGUGACGUAGAGCAGUGGGACUCGGCAGCCCUGGCUGACGGCAUCAAGGGUUUCCUGCUGGCUCUGCCUGCACCCCUCGUGACGCUGGAGGCCGCUGCCGAGGCCUGCCGUGCCCUGCGAGAGGCCGCGGGGCCCGUGGGACCAGUGCUGGAGCCCCCGACGCUGCCACUGCACCGCGCGCUCACCCUGCGCUUCCUGCUCCAGCACCUGGGCCGGGUGGCCCGGCGCGCCCCUGCCCCAGGUCCCGCUGUGCGAGCCCUGGGUGUCGCCUUUGGGCCGCUGCUGCUGCGUGCACCGCCUCCUUCGCUGCCUCCGCCAGGGGUCGCACCCGUCGGGACCGAGCCCGGCCCCGACUUCCCAGCACUGCUGGUGGAGAAGUUGCUUCAGGAGCACCUGGAGGAGCAGGAGGUCGCACCCCCAGCUUUGCCGCCUAAACCACCUAAGGUAAAGCCGGCCCCUGCGGGGCUGGCCAAUGGAGGAGCCCCACCACCCUCCCUGCAGGACGCUGAGUGGUACUGGGGUGACAUCUCCAGGGAGGAGGUGAAUGAGAAACUCCGGGACACACCUGACGGUACCUUCCUUGUCCGAGAUGCCUCCAGCAAGAUUCAGGGAGAGUAUACACUGACCCUCAGGAAAGGCGGGAACAACAAGCUAAUUAAGGUCUUCCACCGUGACGGGCACUAUGGCUUCUCAGAGCCACUUACCUUCUGCUCCGUUGUGGACCUCAUCACCCAUUACCGCCACGAGUCGCUGGCCCAGUACAACGCCAAACUAGACACACGGCUCCUGUACCCCGUGUCCAAGUACCAGCAGGAUCAGAUCGUCAAAGAAGACAGCGUGGAAGCAGUGGGCGCCCAGCUCAAAGUGUACCACCAGCAGUACCAGGACAAGAGCCGCGAGUACGACCAGCUCUACGAGGAGUACACACGCACCUCCCAGGAACUGCAAAUGAAGCGCACUGCAAUAGAGGCCUUCAAUGAAACCAUCAAGAUCUUCGAAGAGCAGGGUCAGACUCAAGAGAAAUGCAGCAAGGAAUAUCUGGAGCGCUUCCGACGCGAGGGCAACGAGAAAGAGAUGCAGAGGAUCCUGCUGAACUCAGAGCGGCUGAAGUCUCGCAUUGCUGAGAUCCAUGAGAGCCGCACAAAGCUGGAACAGGAGCUACGGACACAGGCCUUGGACAACCGGGAGAUUGAUAAGCGCAUGAACAGCCUGAAGCCAGACCUCAUGCAGCUGCGCAAGAUCCGAGACCAGUACCUCGUGUGGCUCACCCAGAAGGGCGCCCGACAGAAGAAAAUCAACGAGUGGUUGGGAAUCAAAAACGAGACUGAGGACCAGUAUUCCCUGAUGGAGGAUGAGGAUGACCUCCCCCACCACGAGGAGCGCACGUGGUACGUGGGCAAGAUCAACCGCACGCAGGCUGAGGAAAUGCUGAGUGGCAAGCGGGAUGGAACCUUCCUCAUCCGUGAGAGCAGCCAGCGGGGCUGCUAUGCCUGCUCUGUGGUGGUGGACGGCGACACCAAGCACUGUGUCAUCUACCGCACGGCCACCGGCUUGGGCUUUGCGGAGCCCUACAACCUGUAUGGAUCCCUGAAGGAGCUGGUGCUGCAUUACCAGCACACCUCCCUAGUGCAGCACAACGACGCGCUCACCGUCACGCUGGCCCACCCCGUGCGAGCGCCGGGCCCUGGGCCCCCGCCCCCAGCCCGCUGACGGGGCAGAGCUGAGCUGCCUGGGCCCGGCAGCUGUGGCCCGGGGCUCCGUCUGUCUGUCUGUCUCUGUCUUUUUCAGAUUCUGUCUGUCUCUCUGUCUUCUUUGUGAAUCUUCCCCUGUCUCAAUCUCUUUUUCUCUCCAUCUCCUUACAGCUCUGUCUCUCUCCAUCACCUCUCUUCUUUGUUCGCCUGUCUCUGUCUCUUAUUUUCUCUCUGUCUCUCCCUGUCACUUUGUCUCUUUCUAUCCCCAUCUCCCUGUUCUCUCUGUUUCUCUUUGUCUAGGUACCUCUAAGUCUCUGUGUUAGGGGAAUUCACUUCCUCCACCCCAUACCCCCUGUCCCCACGGGCACUGCCCUCCCUAUGGCUCUGGCUGCCCCCGCAGGUCCCUGGGGUCCCCCAAGCCCCCCUACCUGUACCUGCCAUGUUUACAAAGGCCCCUGGGGUGCUCAGCCCCAGCCUGGGUUCCCUGACUUUUAAGCCAUAGACCUGGGGUCAGGGCAGGGAAGAACUUUGCUGGGCCACUUCCAAGAACCUCGGCUGUGACAUUUGGGGCCGGGCAGGUCCCGCCCCACAGACCCAACUUCCCCUCUAAACCUUGAAGUGAAACCUGCUACCAGUUAACCCCACAAAACAAAAUUAUUAAAAAUAACCUCGCGAGCUGGCCCUACCCGAGCCCGGGCCUCACAGGAACUGAGGCCGCUGCAGGUGCCGCUGGGGUGCCGAGACGCACCGCUGCCCGUAGCACCUCUGCUCGGUGCAGUUUCAAGACUUCUCCUUGAUCAUGUUGGGUUCUGAUUUUAUGUUUCCUUGACUGUAAAGCCCACUUUCUCUCCUACUUUGGGACGAGAGCCCCGGUUUUCUAUGCUGCCGUGGACCCCCUCCUGCCUGCCCAGCUAGGCUGGCAGACAGGUUUUGUAUGGUACGUUGAUACUGAUGUGGAUAUAAAACACUGAACUCA